AUGAAGUUCGUAAUAAAAUUACAACAUAUCAAACAUUGGAAUACAAAAUAUACCAGCACAGCUAGAAAUGAUAUAAGAAUUUUACAUGUCCAAUAAUUGUGUACUGAAAUCAAUAGAAAGUAUAAUAGCCCGAUGUAAAAUAAUGUAUAGCAAAAAAUAAGUCCCAAUAGUACGAGUAAAAUUUAUUGCGACUACAAUUUCAUAUAGUUAUUACCUUUCUCUACUUUUAGUCAAUUCCAAAUUUAAUCAGAAAUCCAAUACAUACGAGAGAAGCGAUUGCCACAACUAAAUAGAUUCCACUUAUCCUAAAUAUACCGAACACACUAAACAUCAAUAUAUAAUAAAGGAAAGCAGAAAUAAUUGUCCAUAAUAUAAAUAUUCCCAAAAUUUAAAAGAGAAACUGUUUUUAUUAUGAAAAAUCUUUAUCCUUUAUUAAAUUUGGUGUAGGAAAUAUUAAUUGUUCAUUAACUUGAAUAUUUGAAUAUGCCAAGUUGGGUGUCACUUAGUUAUGACAAUAUUAUUAUUAGGAUGAAUAUUAUGGUUGGUAUUAAUUUUAUCCUUCUGUUGGAAUUAUUAUGGGUAUAAAUUUCAAAUUUUAAUUUCUAUUAUCAAACAACUAUUAUGAUGGGGCUUACUGGUUUGUGUAAUUCAAAGUUGGAUAAUUUGUUUGUGACAUUUAUUAUAAGAUUUAAUAAUAAGAAGUAUUGA